AGAUACAUUUUCCCCUUCUCUUUUUAAAUCAAUACGCCUAGUUUUGUAUUCACAGAUCAAUAACCUGUAGGAAGAGAAGUCACCAGAUUGAAAUGAUACUUUUGUUCUUCCUGUUUUUAACUAAUGACACCAAUGUCAAAGAUAAUAAUGAGAAAGUCUCAGAUAUGCAGAUAUCAUCAAAAAUAUUUGUGUAUCAUCCAAUUGAUAUCCAUGUGUUCUCUGCUAAUUUUAUCUGUGUUCUGCUUUACCAAUAUGUUUUUUCUCAUACACCACCAAUUCGGUAUUAAAUCAACCAAUGUAAAUGAUAAUUCUGAAACUAAAGCAUCAAUUUGUGUCCCUCAAAAAAAUAUAGUCUUUCUGAAAGUACACAAAACUGGAAGUACAACGAUUAUGAAUAUACUACAAAGGUAUGGCAUUAUAAACAACUUAAACUUUGUUCUACCAAAAAAUGGACACUACCUUGGCAAAACUGAAACACUUAUGGAAAAUAAAAUCCUUCCACCUCCUCAAAAUGAGUCCUACAACAUUCUUUGCAACCAUGUUAUUUAUAAUCAAAGUGCUUUUCAGAGUCUACUUCCAAGAAAUAUGUACUAUUUUACAAUUUUGCGAGAACCUUUAAGUCAAUUUGUAUCUGCUUUCUUGUAUUAUAGGAAUGUGUGGAGAAAUGAAUAUCUUCUGGCAGUACCUGGAGAACAUUUUAUAGGUGAAUAUCUAAAAAAUCCAGUAAAGUAUGAAUCACUGCUAAAAAAUCAGGGAUUUUCUUACACAAAUAACCGCAUGUCAUAUGAUUUAGGUUUGAAACUAUCUGAUUUCCAUAGUGAGGCUAAAAUUUCAAAGCAUAUUUCUGAUUUAGAUAAAGACUUUCACUUAGUAUUGAUCCAGGAAUAUUUUGAUAUUUCAAUGAUUCUUCUGAAAAGAAAAUUAUGUUGGCAAAUGAAAGAUAUGCUUUAUAUAGAAAGGAAUGUAGCUUCUUCCAGAAAUACUCCUAUCUUAACAGCUGAAGAUACAAACCGUUUUAAAAAAUGGGCUAAAGCUGACUAUAUACUUUAUGAACAUUAUUUGAAAGUAUUUUGGUACAAAAUAAGGACUGAAGAGGAUAUUUUGUCUGAAGUUUAUCAUUACCAAUCAUUACUAUAUCAAACAAAGAAAUUUUGUAUGACCAAGAAUUCUUUAGUUUUAGAAAUACAAGCCAGUGUUUGGAACAAAGAAAUACUUUUACUGAGAAAAGACUGUGACAUUAUGCUUAAAAGUGAAUUGGACUUAGUGUAUGCUUUGCAGAGAGCAUAUAGGAAAAAACUAAAUUUAUGAUGAAUGUUAAUACAAAUCAUGUGAUAUCAAAUGUUGGUGGUCGUUUUAUUAUAAAAAAAUGUUAAUGGUAGUUAUUAUUUAAUGAGGUUGAACAUUUGGAAAUAAAAGGACAUUUUAACCUAA